GUUCUAAGGAGUUCUUACGUGUUUCCUACUUACACCGUUUUUAUCUGAUUCUCCUUCACUUCUGUUCUUAGGCAGAUUAAUAGGCACCUGAACAGACAAAUAACAGUACUACAUCUCCUUCAAACUCUUUUGACAGACUUUUGAGACUGCAAAAUAUUUUUGGAAAAUUAUUAUUGGAAAAAAGAUUACUGAAUGAUCAGGCGGAUGGCAAUUUUUCAGGCUGGAACAAUUAGUUCUCCAGCACUCACAUGAACACAUUUGUAACUUGUACUUAAAUGCUGAUGGGACAUUUUUUAGAAUGUGAUAAGUGUGAAAUAACCCAUAGUUUUAUCAGUGUUGGUUGCUGCCCACUCCUGCAAAAAAAGUUUUAUUGUGAUCAUUAAGUUGCAGGUUUCAGUGGCUGCCCAGUUGAUCCGUUCACUCUAUUGUCUCGGAAUUAAGUCGUGACUCUUAUAAGGUGAAUAUUUUGACUGCACUUGCAUUUCAAUCAACACCACUUUGUUAGUCACAGAUCAUGGCUCCCUGGCCAGAGGUAGAAAAGCCUGAAACCAAUAACUAUAUUGGGGAUUCUUCCAAACAAAACCAGAACAUGGCUGGGAAAGAAGGAGAAAAUCACAAAGGCAACGUGGCUUCACUUGGAAAUAAAGGGGAAAUUCAACCUGCAUUUUCCACAGUAGCUUUGAUAGAUGAGACAAGACCAGAAGAAGAAGACCCGUGGGCUCUGCCAGAACUGCAGGACACUGGGGUCAAGUGGUCAGAACUGGAUACAAAAGGCAAAGUCAUUCGUGUACUCUAUGGGAUAGGGAAGUUCAUUAUGCUGCUUGGAUUACUCUACAUGUUCGUGUGUUCUCUGGAUGUACUGAGCUCUGCUUUUCAACUGGUAGGAGGUAAAGCAGCAGGGGACAUAUUUAAAGAUGAUUCAGUGCUCUCGAAUCCUGUUGCGGGACUGGUGAUUGGAGUUUUGGUGACUGUUAUGGUCCAGAGUUCCAGCACUUCCUCAUCCAUUAUAGUCAGCAUGGUGUCCUCCACGUUGCUGACUGUUAGAGCAGCUAUCCCUAUCAUCAUGGGAGCAAACAUUGGCACCUCAGUUACAAACACAAUUGUGGCACUUAUGCAAGCUGGGGACAGGAAUGAAUUUAGAAGGGCCUUUGCUGGGGCAACAAUCCAUGAUUUCUUUAACUGGCUAGCUGUGUUUGCACUGUUACCCAUUGAAGUCAUUACUGGCUAUCUCUUCCAUCUCACCAAUGUUAUAGUUGAGUCCUUUCACCUUGAGAGUGGUGAGGAUGCUCCAGAGCUACUAAAAGUUAUCACAGACCCCUUUACAAAGCUCAUCAUUGAGCUUGAUAAGUCAGUAAUAAAUGCAAUUGCCACUAAUGAUGAAUCAGCGAAAAACAAAAGCCUGGUAAAGAUCUGGUGUGUCACUGAAUCCAAUGUGACACUGCAGAAUGUCACAAUUCCACCUUCCGAAAACUGCACAUCUCCUGACUUUUGCUGGACUGAAGGAAAUGUGACGUGGACCCUCAAGAAUAUAACUGAAACAGACUAUAUCAGUAAAUGCCAACACAUCUUUGUAAACUCAGACCUGCCUGAUCUUGCCAUCGGGCUCAUCCUUCUGGCUUUGUCCCUGCUUGUUCUCUGCUCCUGUUUGAUAAUGAUCGUUAAGCUAUUAAACUCUGUGCUUAAAGGACAAGUGGCGAGUGUUAUCAAGAAGACAAUCAACACUGAUUUUCCAUUUCCUUUCACUUGGCUCGCCGGAUACCUGGCUAUGCUGGCAGGGGCUGGUAUGACCUUUGUUGUCCAAAGCAGUUCUGUUUUCACAUCUGCUAUUACACCCCUUGUUGGCAUUGGUGUUAUAAGCAUUGAGCGCUCCUACCCCCUCACCUUGGGAGCCAACAUUGGCACAACCACAACUGCUAUACUUGCAGCUUUAGCAAGCCCUGGGAGUACAUUAAAAUACUCAUUACAGAUUGCAUUGUGCCACUUUUUCUUCAAUGUCUCUGGGAUUAUUCUGUUUUAUCCGAUACCUUAUACCCGCCUGCCAAUCCGCAUGAGCAAGACCUUGGGAAAUAUAACAGCCCAGUACAGAUGGUUUGCUAUAUUUUAUCUUCUCCUCUGUUUCUUUCUGUUGCCUUUAUUUGUAUUUGCUCUGUCACUGGCGGGCUGGGCAGUCCUUUUGGGUGUUUGCCUUCCUCUGUUUGUUCUUUUUAUUGCUGUGGUUGUAAUUAAUGUUAUGCAGAAAAGGCGACCACAUUCACUGCCUGAGAAGCUCCAAAACUGGGAUUUCCUACCUAUCUGGAUGCACUCCCUAGAGCCCUGGGACAAUAUAAUUAUGGCUUCACUUGCUUUUUGUGGGAAACACUGCUGUGGCUUCUGCAAGUGUUGCAAAGUCAAUGCUGAACAGGAGGGUGCCAAAGACAAGCAGCUAAAAACUAUGGAAGUUUAUGAAAACACCAUGGCAAUGGGUGAUGAAGAACGAGGUGGAAGAAGGGCACCAGCUGUAGCUUGUGUUGACAAAACAGGCACAAACAACACAGCCUUAUAGUAUUGGAUCCAUGCAUAUUAGCAGAGAUACAGCACAGGACAGCCAGGCUCAUCAAAACCACCUUGGACCUUGCACUGAGGACAGAGUGAACAUUUUGUUAGGUUUCUGAAGCCAGUGAUACAUCACUCAUCAAGGAAGGGAGUCAAACAAGCUUGAGAGUCCCUAAAAAAUCUAUGCUCAGUUGCAAAGCUAAUACCAGAUUUGCUCUCAGAGGAUCUACUAUGUGGUACUUUCCUCCAAUGUUAUCAGUAGCAAACAAAAGAAAUCCUGAUGCAGUCCCAUGAAGAGAGGGAUGAAAGAAGUAGUAAUCAAUUCAAAUUUAAAAAAACCAAUAAAUAAUGCACUUGUAGAAUACUCUUUCUGACCUACUGACUCAGCAGAAAUUACUUCAUAAUACCUAAGAAGCCCUUGAAAUUAAAAAAAAAAAGGGGGGGGAGGGAAAAAGAAAGGGGAAAAAAGAAAAAAAAAAAGGGAAUCCUAAUGUUUUCAUUGGCCUGUUUGCAGUGGUCAAAAUGGAAAACAGUAGCUUUCCUAGAAUAGACAAAAUCUAUUCUAUGUGUUUGAAGGAAAAUGAAAAGCUGGGACAUCCUUCAGAAGCUCUUGGAGUCCCACUCUGGCACAAGAAUUAACAUGAGCCCAUUUGGAGCCCUUUCUGUCUCCUCUAACAGUGGGGACUGGAGCUAUAAUCUUUUGUUAUCUCAGGCUAAAGACCAUAAAGGUAAUUGCUGCUCCCUCUGCCCACUGAAUGUUAAGAACUGUGUAUGGAGACAUUGGGUUGCUCCCAAAGGUCUUGACUGACUGAGGAUGUGAUUGUGCGGCCAUUCCUCUCUCUAGAUGGUCCUCUUCAGUCCUGGUCACCAUGUAAUCCCACAAUGCAGGUGGGACUGGUGCAGGAAGGAGAACAAGUAGGAGAGGAGGGAGCUGUGCCAGCCUGGGCUGAUGCCAGGAGAUCUGUGUGCAGCUGUGGCUCCAUUUGCCUGAGCCACAAAAGGAGUUUUCAGUUUUCAGCAGUGGAGAAUGGCUUUAGACCUACAACAGAGAGAGCCUGCAGGGCAGAUUGUGGCUAGCACAGGGCAUCUGGUAACAUUUACUGGAGAGAAAGGGGUUUUCACUACCCCUCUGUGCUCUGAACCACACUACUUGGAAAUAAUGUGAAUUUUACUGGCAAUUGUAUGUAGCAUUCCAAAUCCCAAAUAAAAUCCAUAAGGAGUGCAGUCACUGCAAUGUCUAGCAAAUCCAUGGGUAGUGCAAUACUUGUUAGGAAGCUGCUUGUGCUCAAAUUUUACCUAACUGGUGUUUUAGUAAAUGCUUGUGAACUGCUCUGAAUCAUGGGCUGACAGAAGGCAUAAUUUCAAAGUUAGGAGAAGAACAUUUCAAAGACACACUCAGUACUUCUGCUGAUUUUCAACAGCUUAGAUAUUACUGAGUAUGGGACAAUAUCUGAAGUCCAAUCCCUAAUAUUAAAAAAAAAAAAAUUAGAUGGCUGAGUGUAAACCAGGUGUCAUUUAAAGCCCA